AAUUAGAUGUAUGUUACGUAGAUAUUUUUCUUCUUUAACGGAGCAUAGAAUAUUAAAACUGCAUUACUGUGGUCAAAAUAGUUCCCUCUUUCUUUAGAUGAAACAAGAAGGUUGGAAACAUUUCGGGGCAUCAUGGGUAUAGAUAUCGAACACAAAUACGAUCGUAAGGUUCGAAGGACCGAACCUAGAUCCCAAGAUGUAUAUUUACGACUUUUGGUGAAACUCUACCGAUAUCUGGCUAGACGUACAGAUGCCAAAUUUAACAAAAUAAUAUUGAAGAGGCUUUUUAUGAGCAGGAUUCAUCGUCCCCCAAUAAGCAUAGCUCGUAUUGUAAGAUUCAUGAAGAAACCCGGUCGUGAAAACCUUACAGCAGUAAUUGUUGGUAACGUUACUGAUGAUUCUCGCAUUUGGGAGCUUCCCAAAUUGACCAUUUGUGCUUUGAAAGUAUCUGACAAAGUUCGUGCCAGAAUUGUGAAAGCAGGUGGUGAAGUUAUUACUUUCGAUCAACUUGCUCUGAGAUCUCCACUUGGACAGAAGACAGUCUUGAUGCAAGGGCGUAGAAACGCUAGAGAAUCUGUGAAACACUUCGGCCCAGCUCCAGGUGUUCCCCACUCUCACACUAAGCCAUUCGUAAGGUCAAAGGGACCCAAGUUUGAACGUGCUAGAGGACGUAGGAAGUCUUGUGGUUAUAAGAAAUAAGCAUUUUAAUUUGCUAUGACAAUAUAACAUUCAAGUAAAUUUUUUUUUGUUUU